AUGUCCCUCCUCGCCGGUGGCUCGGGGCGGCUCGCUGGUUGCCCGGUGCGGCUGGGCGGCGGAGGCUGGGCGGCGUGGCUGGAGCCUGCCGCGGAGGAGGAGGCGUUCUGCAGGUCAGCGGCUCUGGCGGCGUGCAGGCUGGAGCAGGUGGAAUGCGUAGACCUCAGCGAGUGCGAGGUCGCCACUGAGUUCGAGGUCGACACGGAGUGCGUGGACUACUCCGACCUCGCUGCGCAGCUCGCGCAGGCGCAGGAGCUGCGCGAUGCGCUGGCUGACGAGUGCAUGGAGCUUCGUGCCCUCGCGUGGCGGCUGCGGGGAGGCGCUCGCGGCAAGCCGCACGACGAGCUGGUCGUUGGCGGCGGCUACGAGGUGGACGACGGCGUUGACGCUGACGGCAGCGACUGCGAGGCGCUGGGCGAGCUGGAGAGCAUCGUGGGGUGCGACGGCGACGUUUUCGGCAAGGAGAGCAUCGUGGGGUGCGACGGCGACGUGUUCAGCAAGGACGGCAGCGGCUGCGAGGCGCUGGACGCGCUGGAGCGCAUCGUGGGGUGCGACGGCGGCGCGGUCGGCAACAUGGAGAGCAUCGUGGGGUGCGACGGCGACGCGUACGACGGCGACGAGUUCGGCAAGGACGGCAUCGUGGGGUGCGACGGCGACGCGUUCGGCAAGGUCCCGCCCUUCCCGACGCUCUCGGAGGUGGCCGUGGAGAGCGAGCUGGAGCUCAAGGAUGCUCCUGCCCAGGAGGGCGCUCUUGGUCAGGCCGUGCUGGGCCCGAGCGUUGCCUGCUGGGCCGACGCGCUGGAGCAGCAGCAGGCGGGCGUGCAGUGCGAGCAGUUCGUGGACCCGCGCGACUGGGACAUGGUCUUCCUGGCCAACAGUGCCGCUGCCGCCUGGCGUGAGGCAGCGCUGGACGCCCGCGCGGCCGCGGAGCGCCUCGUGCAGGAUGUGCUGGUCGAGAUGCCCGUGGACGUCGAGGCGUUUGGGUGCAAGAAGAAGGCGAAGAAGAAGAAGCAGCACAAGAAGUUGCUUCGGGCCGACGUCGUGGAGGCGACUGUGGGCUUGGACAGCGUGGCGGCGGAGGACCCUCGUCCUCCUGGCGCGGCGGGCGUCUGGGCUUUCCUCGAGAAGGCCUACGCCGCGGGCGUGCCGCCCGACAUCGCCGCCGACCUGGUGCGGGACCAGGUGGUCCUCUGA